AAAUUUUUCCAAGAGAUUCCAGUCUAAAAGACAAAUUCAUAAAACAUUUUACAGGGCCAGUCACAUUUUCAUCAGAGUGUAGCAAGCAUUUUCAUCGACUGUAUCACAACACAAGGGAUUGCUCAACGCCAGCCUAUUAUAAAAGGUGUGCAAGGUUGCUAACAAGAUUAGCAAUGAGCCCUUUGUGUACACAGUCCUAGGAUGUUUGCUAUACUUUCUACUAAGGAGAGAACUCUGAUUUGCCAAGAAAGUGCCUUGAAAUCUUCCAAGACAGAGAAGACAUCUUUUACCUUUUUGAUUUACAGCAUUUUGUUACUAGAUGCAUUUUAUUUUCAUAUAUUUGUCGGACAUUCCAUAUUUGUGUGAAACAUUAUUUUAUUUUAAUUUGUAAAUUUGUGGCCUAUAGUUCAAACAAGCCAAUUAUUUAAAUACAUUGUAUAUAAAGAUUACUAAUGAUAUACUGAUCAAAUGUUAUAACCAUAUGCAGGGAGUCAGUAAAAUUCUGCUCUUUCUCUUCUUCCAUUGUAUUUACAUCAUUCUGCUCAGGCUCUUACUUUCAUUAUUUGCACUAACUUGAAAUGCAGAAGUCUAUGUAACUGAAAUCUGAAUAAGCUGUAAGUGGGGAAGUUUUACUUGCCAUGGAAGAUAUUUUAUAUUAUGAAGCUUUGUUAAUAUAUACAUAUAUAUUAUUGCGCAUCAGAAAAAAGAUUGCUCAGAAAUGCAUCUUGCUUUCAGGAACAUUUGUAUGAGUAUUCUGGAUUUUCAUCAGUUACAUUUGUACUGGCACUUAUGGAAAGAGUUGCAAAUAAUGUAAAUAUAAAGACUGGAAAACUGCAAUGCAGUUUUGGUGGAAUAAAGAAC